UGUGUGUGUGUGUGUGUGUGUGUGUGUGUGUGUGUGAGAGAUUGUAGCUCUCCAGCAUGUGUGAAAGUUGUGUGAAAACAUUGACUUCUUAAAGCACAGCAGAGUGGCUACCUGACACAAGGGAGCAGGAGAGGAUGUGAACAAGAUUAAACGUGACCGGUCUGAGCAAUGACCUCCAGCCAAGGAGGGCUCAAUGUCAGGCAAAGACAGCCCCCUCUGCUGGCUGCCAGUGUGUCUUUGUGUCUGUGUGUGUGCGCACGCGUGUGUGUAUUUUUGUUUGUGUGAGCAGAACUCUGAUCUGAACUGUCAGAUUAUUUUAUGUCUCAUCUUCCCAGAUGACUGCAGAUCAGGGAGUGGCACCAGAAGAGAGCUCCACUUCAGACUGAUGUACAAUAUAAAGGCGUGACAGAUCCUCACUGGGUGUCAUAUGUACUUUAUUUAACCUUCAUUGCAAGUCAUGAGAGCAGCCAAUGCAUUUCUUUCAGGGUCAGUUCACCCAAAUUGAAACAUUAGAACUCCUUUGCGGUGUAGAAAUAGUUCCCAUAAAAUCAAUUCACGCUGAUGUCUGCGGAUCAUCCGCAGUAACAAGGACACUGCUUUUGGAAAGACGCGUUGCAACGUCAUUCCUCAAUGCUGUGAGUUCCAAAAAUGAAGUUCUUAUCUCCUGGUGGUUGAAACUUCAAACCAACGACAUAAAACCCAAAUUAUAUACCUGGUUAGAUAAUACUAGAGAGAAUUAAGAAUUGUUUUGUGUGUGUGUGUGUGUGUGUGUGUGUGUGUGUGUGUGUGUGUGUGUGGUUUGAGCGCCAAUGUGUAGUCCAUUAUCCAAUAACAUUACAAUAAUAAUCCUGAAUCUAAACUAGUUCUAUUAUUGUAUGUGAAAAUGUGCUGGCUUUCUUAGCAAACUAGGUAUCUUUGGGGUUUUUAGGGGUUUGAAUAUGCUGGGAUAGAUUUGGUUGAACUGAUCACUUUUAUAAACAAAAAUCAACUCAUAAAAUCUUAAAACAUAUUUGAUUCUCUCAGUAAAAGUGUGAAAGGGAGAGAAAGGCAGUCUUGUUUUCACACGUGUUUGCACAAGUGAGCCAACGUGGCUGCUGUCCGCGACCGCUUUCUGUGCCGUUUCGCCCUUGUGACUAGUGCUCUGAUUAAAGCUCGAUACAUUGCGCCAUAGGUGAAAGCGACACUACAGCGUCCCCAGCCUCGCUCUUCCUCCACCAUAAUGGAAGCCAUUUAACACAAUCACACUGAAAUCAGGAGCCAGCCAGAGUGAUUUGUGUGCUCGCUGUCUGUGUGCCGUGUGCUCGUAGAUCAAGCCGUGCUUGUAUUUUUAGACUCGUCUUUAGAUAGACGCUCCGGCUCGACGGGCACUGCUGCUGUCCUGUUAAGUGAUGUGUGCGGAGAGAACCUUUUCAGAUUUGGAAGUGGGAGUUUUACUGGUUUUUUUCCCCCCUCUCAUAUAUCUGUGUGGGAACAGCAGCUCCGUGGGUGAUGGACUAAGAGUGUGUGAGCCUCUGUUCAGAUCAGUAACUGGAGCCGCAGCUUUUGAACAAGGCAGCCUACACAUUGCAGCCAAGGGCUCUGCGACCGGUCGUGAUGGAGAGCUAAAGACAUGCGCUGCCUUUUUUAUUUUGACUCACAGAGUGAAUCUUUUUUUGGGGGGGAUUGUAGAGCCGAUGUUAUAUCCUCCCAGGAACGGCAUCAUCGUGUAUUAUGUCACAUUACGCAUUCAGCGGCUUUGCACCUUUUUGAACAUACUGUUUAAAGGUGGAACACCUCCUGCAUAUUUUUAGUAUUGUUCCUGAUUUACAGCUAGUUGGCUUCAGGUGAUGGAAUGCAGGACUAGCAGAGGUGGGGAGAACAUUUCUGGCGGUGUGAUUUUCUUUUUCUUUUUUAUAAUGAGAUCAGGAGAAGACAUCUGUGAUCUCCACUGAGCCUCCGGAUGUGAGCGAGAGCCAAGAUGCACACGGAAGUACGUGGCUUUGCAGUGUGUGCGUCUCGCUGCCAGAAGUUCCUGAUUUCGCGGGUGGGGGAGGACUGGAUCUUCCUCAUUCUGCUGGGGCUGCUCAUGGCUCUGGUCAGCUGGGUCAUGGACUACGCCAUCGCCUUCUGCCAAGAAGCACAGAAGUGGAUGUAUGGUGGACUGGACAGCAACAUGCUUCUGCAGUACAUCGCUUGGGUCACCUACCCUGUAGUGCUCAUCACUUUCUCAGCAGGAUUCACACAGAUACUGGCGCCUCAGGCUGUGGGUUCAGGUAUUCCUGAGAUGAAGACCAUACUGAGGGGGGUGGUCCUGAAGGAGUACCUGACGUUUAAGACGUUCGUGGCCAAAGUCAUUGGUCUGACCUGCGCUCUGGGCAGCGGGAUGCCUCUGGGAAAGGAGGGACCCUUUGUUCAUGUUGCCAGUCUGUGCGCCGCUCUCCUGAGCAAAUUUUUGGCUCCUCUUUUCGGCGGGAUUUACACGGUGAGGACAGCGACCACAUUUACAAAAAGACAUGCAGAUUUCCUGAUGCCCAAAGUUAAACCUGUAUGAGUUAUUUAUUGAACCUUUAAGGACCUUAUGUCUCUAACUAAUCUGAUGAUUUAAUCCCUCAGAGAUUAAAUCAUUGAGGAGUCUUAGUGAACAUACCAUAAUAUUUAUGUCGUUGGUGUUGCUCUCGACACUCAAUUAUUAAGAAAUAUUGAUCAUGUUUCAUUCACUAUGUUCAAAUUCAGUGACACUACACAUCAGUGACAAUACAUUCGCCAAUCCAGCAUCACAUGACAGAUUGCAGUUUUAAAGAAUUUUAAAGAAUUAUGUCCAAGAGUGACACAAGAACUUCACUUUCAUGCUUUCACCUGUACGUUAAAGGGUAAAUCCACUUAAGGGGGCCGUACUUUGAAACAUCUAUGGUCAGCGUGUUCCAGACUUUCUUUUUUGCGUAGCUGCUUCUCACUAAUCGGCCUCGUCUACUUGUGCGUCAUGCUUUUUCAGAAUGAAAGAUCAAUCUGAACUUUUGCCAAAUUAUCAAAAGUCCACUAAAAUAUAAAGUAAAGGCAUUUUGAUUCCAUAUUACAGUGUGAAAGUUUAGAGAGACAGCACACACACACACACACACACACACACACACACACACACACACACAGAGGGUAAUCACAUGCUACAAAGGUUUCCAUAUUUAAUCGGGUUCAGAGCAGUUACAUGGUGCAUAAUCACCAAGAAUCAAGUGCAUCUUUUUCUUUUUUUUUUCAACCUUUAUAAAUCCAGGAAAGUUUCAUUAUGAUCAAAGCUAUUUUUUACAGGAUUCCACUAUUUACACACAUUUACAUCAGGGAGCUGCCCACUAAAACAGCCGCUGAGCGUUAAGUAAUCUAUGCAGGGACCAUCACAUCACAAGCCCACUUCUUAUUUAAAUCCAGUUUACUGCUGAAGAUUUAAGUAGUUGAACAUUUUUUUGCAGUUAAAAUGAAUUGUUUCUUGCACUGGAAAUACUGUAUCUCAACAUGACAUCUCUUUGUCUAUGUUGAACCAGUUACAGUUAUUAUAAUAUAGAUUUUUUUUCACUGAUUUGAAGUAUUGCAUGGUAGAUUUUAACCUUUGAUCCUUCCACUUAUUGUAAAGAAGGGGUCUAAAUAGUUGCUGAGAAGAAAUGAGAAUGGGCAACAUUUACCCACAUGGAAGGAUUUCCUUCAUCUUUGUGUCUUUUCCUUUGGUCCUCAAAAGGUGCGAAGCUGCAAGAAAAACACACACAAUCAACGUUAUUCUUCAAAAUCUCGGUGUUUUACUUGACUCUCUGCCGUUCCCCAGGACACACUCUCACCUCCACUUAUGUGAGACCACACGCUCGGCUUCUGCCUAUUUCUGCAGCGGACAGUGGGCUAUGCUUCUCCUCCAUGUGCCAGCAGCACCAUCAUCACCACCAUCAGUACGGGGGAAGAUAGACCGCAGUGAUGAGGAGGACGAGAAACUCAUGUCAGCACAGUUAGAAAAGACUGAAAUAGUCCAGGCGUCGACUGUGCAGCCGUUAAACAUAGUCAGUCUGGGGAAAAUGUUAAUUCAGUUCACUGCCGGUGUUUGCUGAAGCUCAUUCUCCGCUUGUUUGAUUUUGUGUGGUUGGGAUAAUAAGUUGGCUGUCCUCCAGGAGCAGAAAUAAAAGGUAACCUCUACACUCACACAUAUUUUUGUCUCUUUGUGCCCCCCCCCUCCACUUUGACUGCUAAAGGAAGAGCCCUUUGAGGGAAGCAAGGUAUGAAACGCACGAGACAGAUAGUUUCUUUAUUGCCAAUUCCAUCAACAUUAAUAACCUAUGCUGUCCAUCUCAGAAGCAGAGAGAGAUUGAUGCUUUUCCAUUUGUCUGCGCUGUUUGAUUCUGUUCAGUGAACCGUCAGAGCGAGGCAUCGAUCUGUGCCGUCUUUGCUUCUACACAAACAUGUCAUUCCCAUGAUUUCAUCACUCAAUCCUGAGUUUUUUAAUUAUGGCCACAAAUAUUAUAUAUAAUAUAUAGAUGUUGAAUGUGCAAAAGAUACAGCAGCUUUAAAGCGUAACUGUUGCAUUUGUAAACAGUUGGUGAAUUUUGUUUUUCAUGAGAAAUGCUUUUGUCGUGUAUUGCGUGUUUGUGGCAUUUGCACGUCCAUGUACACCUGUUGGGAUGUGAGUGUGUGCGUGUGUGUGUAUUUGCUUGAAUGCAUGGCUCUGUGUGUGUGUGUGUGUGUGUGUGUGUGUG